GUAAACAGGAGCUGACCAGGUAUUUCAUCACCAAAAAGCGUUUUUUUUUUCAGAGACAAAGAAAUGGCUGUGGUGAAGCUGAUGUGGCUACAGCAAGUCAGCAGCAGGAUCCUGGAGCUGCCUCAUGUGAAGACUGUGGAAGAGGGACAGUGCACCUGCCAGGCUCAGGCCCCACUGAGCUCCAAACAUGUUUCCUUCAGCCUCUCUGUGCAGAGACCUCCCUGUUCCUGCAAAUGUGUGACUCAGGAGCAGCAGGGCUCCUGGCCCCUGGUCCUCACUCUGAUCAGGGGGUGCCUCAUGGGGGCUGGCUUCCUCCUCACCUAUGGCCUCACAUGGCUCUACUACACCAGGCGAGCAGCUCUGUCUCUCUACUGGGAAGGUGUGGAAACCCCCAGAAAAUGAGGCUGACAUCCUGACUGACUCUCCCUUCUUGUGAAUAUGGCACUGAGGUGAGACAUGGAGUCCAGAGGGGUGGUCAUGGGACAUCAGUGUCACCUUCUCCCUGGGAACUCCUGACUCACCUGUCUCAAUUGUACCCUUGGGGUUUUAAUUUGAGUGACUGAGGAUGACAAGGAGAGUCAACACCAAUGAAAAAACGUUUUUAUUCCUUUCAUUUACUGAGAGGAGGCCCCGCAAGGCCAGGCAGGGCCCUGGGGGAAGCACCACGUUUCAUCAGAGAGCAGAUGGAAAUGGGGGUCAGACUAGUCAGAGUCUUAUUGGGGUUUCCAUGGGAAAUGCAAGUCAGGGCAGGGUGAACAGUUGAGGAUCAGCUAAUAUGAAAUAAUGAGGGUUUUCUUUCUUCCUGUGGGCUAGUCUGUAUUUCUCUGGUCCCAGGUCCUGGGUGAUUGAGGGAAGGUUGGGGUGAUUAGAAAUAUGGGCUCAGGAUUAGGUGGUUUGCACCUGAUAGGCUGUUCGUGGCAGAGAUCUUUCCUGUCUCUGAGAAUUGGUUGUUCUGGGAGGGGGUGUCUCUCCUUGUUUAGCAAGGAUUUUAAGAUGUUAAAACAUGUAAGAUGCAGAAUAUAAACAAGAAGUGAUGCACACCAACUGACUGCCCCUUUGCUGUUGCCUGUAUCUCUCCCACUCAAGUUGUCCUCUCUGUCUCCCCACCCACUGCUCCUCUGUUUCCAUCCCCAGACCCAGGAAGGGGAUGAACUUGG